UCGUCCGAUCAUCCGCCAUGUGUCCUACCUUCGUCCCCUUCCUUCUUCCCCAUCUUUGCCUUCAUCUGACUCCUCCCCCACUACGGAAGAGGACGACGACUGCCUAUCGCCUGUUUCCCCGUCUUCUUCUCGUUCUCCGUCUAUUACUCCGUCCCAGUUACCAUCGCCAUGAGUUUUCUUACGGAGCAAGCUCUCAGCGAUCCUCUGCUGGUACCACGGUGCUACAUCUCGACGAUCCGACAAGUUCAUCAUCCGCGGCUCAGCCCGGACCUUCAGCGACUUGCGCAAUUCUUAUGUACUCAGGGAGUGUACGCAGCCGCUGAGUUUCGAUUUGCAGGCAGUCCCCAGGCGGUUGUUUUGGCGGAGGCAGUAGCGGUUCAUCGGCGAUCAGCUCUUGGAAUCAGCCAUGUGUCUACGGUUGUUGCCUUCAGCGGCGACAUCAACACCAUCAGCCCGGUGCAGCAUACGGCUAUCAAGACCACGCUUCGGCUGUGGGCUCAGCAGUUGGCAUCAGAGUGGAAUCGCUGGCUCACGCCCCAUGGGGAUAAUCUUUUCCCCACAGACAACGUCGACCUCGACGAGAUUCGAACCUUCCAGCACGAGCCGGCGGUGGUGCUCCCCGAACUCAUCCCCUUCCAACUAAAGGUCACGUGGACGCGGCACGGAGAUCACCACCAGUGGGCUGAGUACCUUGAGUUGCUUAUCAUCCAGGCGUGGCGAACGGGAGUGGAGGGCGAUCUGCUCGGAUUCCUCUUCGGAUCGGUGCGGCCCGAUCAUCGCCAACUGAUCGUGCAAGAGCUAACGGUCCCCCUUGCGAAGCUCGCCGACGACCUCCCACUUGAGAUCGUCUCGCAGAGCGACAACAGCCCAGUCCCGCACAUCCUCCCACGCACGUUGACACCAUAUCUUCAGUGGUCGGCGUGCUUGGAAGAACCAGGAAGCGGCCGCAACCCACUGUCACGGUGCGGUUAUCUGGACCUGCACGAAAUAGUCGAUCUCGCCUUCUUUCAAGAUCGGACGGCUUCCGAGAACGAGGAGGUAGAGAUUGAAGCGGAAGAGGAAAGCUCGGAGGAAGAUGAAGGAGUCGAAGAAGAGGCCGACGAGGAAGAAACUCCCGAAGAGGGGAGUUACAAUGAGCACAACGAAGGGGAGCAAAGUGAGGAGGAGGAGGAAGAAAAACAAGACGAGGAGGAGGAAAAAGAAGAAGAUCAGGAGGAGCUAGAAGAGUCCGAGUGGGACGGAUUUGAGGAGGAGGUGCGUGCGGAGGCCCGAGAACAGGCCCAAGCACAGAAGAGGGAGGAGAUCGCGGUCGGAAAGCGACAGCUGGAGUUUGCCAGCGUAGCAGAUCCGCUGACCAUCGACGAUCCAGGGUGAGAUCCAGAGCCGCCCAAGCCCGAACAUGGGGACCCAGCUGCCGAGGCUUCGGCCGCACCGGCAAGACGGCGAC